AUGCAAGGCGUAUUGUGUGAGAACAGUUCUCCAUGGCCUUCAUAUCCAGGGAGGCUUUUGGCAGCAGAGGAUGAAGAAAGACGAGCUUUGCAGGAAGAGUUUCUUCAAAGUGAGACAGCCUCUGUUCGCUUGCUCCGGGACGCUGACGCCUUGGAGGCUGAAAUGAAAGAGGCGACCAAAUCUCAGCAUGAGGAAAUGAACUACUCGAAGCUCCAGUUAGCUGCCCUUCGUGAGGAGCUCUUGAGUGCUCAUGACCACGUCCGGGGCUGGAGGCAGGAACGAGAUAGCGAGGCUGAAGCCGCGAGUGUCACGCACGAGGCUUACCUGGCAGAAUCUCGCUCGUCCCUCCGACAGCAUGAAUCCUUGAGAGCAGAGGCGCGCACCCGUCUUUCGGAAGUGGCCUCCAUGGAGGACUUCCAGAGGAGCCUGGACGGACAGGCGAAAGUUCUUCAGAAUGAGCUCAGCAAGGUUGCGUACAGCAUCGGACAGCGGGACCAUGAGCUGAAGGUGAAAGAUACGGAGCUCCAAGAAGUUCGCGAAAAUCUCAGCGGGAUCCAGGACGAAAUGGAUGAGGUCAACAGCCAGUUGAAAGUGCAGUGCCAACGUGUUCAACGCGUGGAGCGUGAACUCUCCUUAUCCAGUGAUUUGGGAGAGAAGGUCAAGAAUAUGCGGUUGAUGCUACAAGAGUCGCACAGCGGCAUCGCCCAGCUUUGUGCCUUAGUGAAUCAGGAGCGGCAGAAACGCGAUCAAUAUACUCAGGGCUUGAAGCAACAAAGGCUGCGCACCGAACUCCUUCUCCAGCUUUUGCAUCACUUCAAAAACCGCACACAGGAGUUGGCGCCACAGUCGCUGCCCGAUGUUCUGGCGCCAAGUGUCGAUGCACCUCAAGAACCAAUGACUCCACAGCCGCGUGCAAUGGGGUAGACCACGGACGGAUCGCAUGCGGGC